AUGACACCGAAACGCGCCACGCGCAAGGCUGAUGGGGCUCCUCGGCGGCGCGUCCCGGAAUUCCCAGAGGCAUACCUCGAUACAGCACCCGAGCAAUACCUGCCUAGUAUCCCAGUCGGGCAAUCAUGGAACUAUGGCGCUCCUACUACAACAAGCAUGCCUCGGCAUAACGUGGUGCCGGCCAACAUAGGGAUCAAGGAUUUGGCUGCAGCAGUUGAUGCCAAUGUCGAGAAGGCCCAGGUGCGCGCAAAAAAGGCUGCCCCGAAAACAAAAGCGGCGCUGAACCCCAAAGAGACACCAAAGCCCAAGGCAACUCCACGCGCGAAGGCCGCCCCAAAGCGUGCGCCAACACCCGAUCAGACACAGCUCCAGGACGCACUACAGCAUGCUACAAUGUCACCUACCGGGUCUGACAAGACUCCCACGCCUCCUGUCAAGCGUGCAGUCUCUUCAGAACCCAGUCCCGAUGUCGAACCUCCCAUGCAGCGCCGUCUAUCUCAGCUAUCAAACCCGUACUCUCCGCUUUAUCCAUCACCGAUGCACCGGGCUGGAUCUCCUCAUAUCGAUGAUCUAACGCGUAGCUCACUUGAUCGUCACAGCUCAGUCGACAAUGCUUCCGAGCGAUCUUGGAAUCUGGAGCGCGAUAUCAACGAGGACGAACUACAAAGGACAAGGCCAGGAUACCGUGGAGAGAAUAUCACAGCUCCUCCUCGACGCCCUUCUGGUCUGUAUAUUGUUCCCGAAGAAGACGAGGACCUAUCGGAGCGUGCAUCUGUGGCCGGGUCGUUCAAAUCCAAUUCCGAUGGCUUCACUGCUCCUGCGCGAACAGUAAUUCCUGGAUAUAUCCGCUCGGCGUCUGUCGCGAGUAGUUAUGCUCUGGUUGAAGUCAAGGAAAGCAUGCUGCGUCGAUGGAGAGGUUAUUUCGAGGGCCUUGCGGGAUACCGAAUCAAUUGGAAUCGAGCAAUGUCUGUUUUGAUUUUUGCUGUGGGCCUUGUCCUUGCUUUCUCAAGCGGUCUCCCUGGCAAGCUUCACUCACGCAUGUUUCCUAGGGAUGAUCUGCUGGAUUACUCUGGCAAUAUGUCUGACCCUACAGUCCUCAAUGGCCUCCGCAGCCAGCUAUCCAGAAUGAACUCUGAUAUGUCCUCAUUAUCAAGUGAGGUGAGCUCUGUCAAAUCAGAUCAUUCUAAAUAUCGCAACGCCGCUCCCACGUACAUCACGGACCCUGGCCCGCAUCGAAACCCAGUUCAUCAUGUCAACUUCCUGGCAUUGUCCACUGGAACCCUUAUCGACCCGUUCAAUACCUCCCCAACCUUUGGCAGCAGGGCGCACUGGGCUAUGAAGUCGUGGAACUGGGUAAAGUCAUUCACUCCCAUCUAUUCAGAAUUACGCACACCACAACCUCCGAGAGCUGCCCUCUCGGCAUGGGAAGACGCGGGUGACUGCUGGUGCAGUCCUCUCCAGAAUGGAACCCAAUUGUCUGUCUUGCUCGGCCACAAGGUUGUUCCAGAGUCACUCGUCGUUGAACACAUCCCGGCGGGCGCUUCUCUCGACAUCAAGGCCGCGCCCCGGGAGAUAGAGAUUUGGGCUCGAUAUGAAUUAAGCCCGGCCCGGCCGCCAAUUGCGGAAAAAAUGCCCCAGGCUACCGGAAUUCUACCUCGCUUUUGGGCCAUCGCCCCUUCGAAUGGUCCGCUGCCACCACUGCCGACUGAGCCUCCAAAUUCCCGGGAUCAAAGUGUCGGAAGCUUGGGACUUUCAGGACUUGGCUCACUCCAUGACUUGCUUAUGGAAUCUAUUGGCCGCAGCGAUCCUAAAGAACACCCCAGCGCCUACUCCGAUGACCCAAGGCUUGGACCAAACUUCUACCGCAUUGGGAAAAUGAAAUACGACAUCCACAACGACGAAUAUAUCCAGUCCUUCCCCAUCCAGACUGUCAUCGACAUUCAAGGUAUCCGCGUGGAUAAGAUUGUCUUCCGCGUAGCUUCGAAUUGGGGAGCAGACCACACCUGCAUCUACCGAUUCAAGUUACACGGCCACCAAUAA